UGCAGCCUCAGGGCGUAUGACUAACUUGACUUAAAUUAAACGAAAAACCCAAGAAAAUCGGUUAAAAUUAAUUGCCAAAGAUGUGCUGAGCACGGGUAGAGCAUAAAACAGUGUGUAAAUAGCAGGCGAAAGAGUCGAAUUGGAUUUUUCUUCGCUCUGCAGAAACCAACCGCGAGUGUGUCACUCAAUUCUUUUUGCUCCCCAUUCGCGACGACAAAGUACCCAAAUUCGUGGAAAAGUUUCGCCAUUAAAACGUAACGCAAGAACAACGACUAAGUAUAUUCUAAAAGAAGAGAAAGCCGAGAAAAUAUUCCGCUGCAUGAUGAAAGGCGUAGUAGUAAUUGCAUCUCUGUCCCACCCCCCGAGACGCCUUAAAGUAGGCAAAGUGGAAAUAAACACGCACACAGAUGCCACCAUUGAAAAAUCAAUAAUCGGCGCAUGUGUGUGCGAGUGAGACCGAUGCCGGCGUGUACAAUCGACCGACUGGCAUAAUAACAACAACACAUACUCCAAACAGACAUUGCGUGGGAGCGAGACGGCCAAAGCGAACAGCAGGACAAGUGUAAACAAAGAAGCACAAAGGCAGUAAAAAGGGAAAACACAACGAAGUAGACAGAUAAAACGCGUUAUAGCAGUUGUCCCACUUAUAAAAUAGGAAUUAAAUUACGUUAGCAAUAAAAGCACAAUCAUUAUACGCAACAUUAUUCGAGGCCAAAGGAAUUACUACACGAAUGCCAAUCAGCUUUUUCUGAGCAAAAUGCAGACGCUGCGCAAGAAAACGAGUCCUUGUAAAUAUCGCAACGAUCCGGGACGCUUUUUCGGCGAUGGCGUCCAGUUCAAGGCAAAGCUCAUCGGCAUUCUGGAGGUGGGCGAGGCCCGUGGCGACCGCAUGUGCCAGGAGGCGCUCCAGGAUCUCAAGAUGGCCAUCCGUGCUGCCGGCGAGCACAAGCAGAGGAUAACCAUUCAUGUGACCAUCGAUGGGCUGCGACUGAGGGAUGAAAAGACAGGGGACUCCCUGUAUCACCAUCCGGUCCAUAAGAUCUCCUUCAUUGCCCAGGAUAUGACCGAUUCCAGGGCCUUUGGCUAUAUCUUUGGAUCACCAGAUAGCGGGCAUCGGUUCUUCGGCAUCAAGACGGACAAGGCGGCCAGCCAGGUGGUGUUGGCCAUGCGUGAUCUCUUCCAAGUGGUCUUCGAGCUGAAGAAGAAGGAGAUUGAGAUGGCGCGCCAGCAGAUUCAGGGCAAAUCCCUGCACGAUCACGCCAGCCAGUUGGCCUCCCUGUCCUCGCUGAAGGCCGCCGGCCUGGGCGGCGUAACACUCGGUCAUGGGGAUCUGGCCAGCGGUGGAGGAGGUGCCUCCGGUCAUGCACUCACCCUGCUAGGCGGUAGCCUUGGCGGUGCCUCCAAUGGGACGAGCAGGUUGGGCGUGAGCCUGGACGUGGCCAAGGUCUCAGGAGCGGCAGCCAAGGAGAUCUCCCCCGAGUCGGUGGCCGAUCUGGUUGAUCUGGAACAGGAGUUAACCUCACUGCAGCGGGGUAUCAGCCAAAUGGAACGGAUUACGCCCAAUGAACCCACUACCAUGGGAUCGAGCAGUGGUGGUCAUCCCUCAUUAGCCAAGUCAGCCAGUGAAGAUGAUCCCUUCGGGGACUCCUUCAUCUAUGUGCCCUCCUACAGUAUCCUGCCACCGCCUCCCGAAUCUGGACGGAAUAGGCACAAGCCACCAAAUAAGACACCAGAGACGGUGGCCAGUUUGGAAGCGAUGCUCUCACCACCCCCGGGAGCCAGUAACUCCCAAUCUCCGGCCACCACAGCACUACAGGCUGCGGCGGAUAACGAUGAUGAUGACAACUGGCUGCAGGAAUUGGAUCACCAGAAUGAUGUCUUUGACACCACGAAAGUAGCAGUGGGUGGCAGUGGUCUAGGAUCAGUCUUAGCCAUGGCUCCGUUGGCAUCUAGCGAAUCAACGGCCACACCCACACAGCAACUAUCGGAGAUCACAGGUGGAUCAGUUCCCCUAACAGAUCUGGACAUUGGCCUGGGCAUGGGUUCAGCCUUGGGAUCAGGAAAUGAGGAACAAGCCUCGACGGUCUUGUCUUUGGAUGCGUUCACGGAUCUGGAUCCGCUGGGCACGGGACGCACCAGGCCGUAUGUCGAUAAGAAAUACUUCUUCCAAGAGCUAAAGAAUCCGCCAAAGAAACUGCUCAAGGAGCUUAGCUCUGGGAGCCAGGCGGGUCUUGGCCUGGGUGGUCUCACCCUAGGCCAGCCGGAUGGUCUCUUUCCGGAGGAUAGCACCACCAUCUCCACCAUUACCACAACCACCACAGCUACUAACAUCACCGCAGGGAAUCCGCUCCAGAACUCGGCUAACACACUAACCACCACCGCUAGCACCGUCGCCAGUCUGGGCCAGCUCCUGUCAUCCGUUAACGUCAUUCCUUCGACAGUUCCCAUUUCCGUUCCAUCGUCCCUUUCCCUACCUGCACCCACUCCCGCUCCCGCCACCAUUUCCAUUUCCCAUUCGAUCCCCUCGAGCGCCGAGCUAAAACUCUUGCUUGGCCAUAUCACUAAUCCGCCUAAUCCCACCGGACACUAUUAUACCGCAGAACCGCCAACGCUGACCACACUGGAGGAUCCACAUCCGUCGACACAGGCGGAUCCAGUGCUGCUGCCCAGAGAUACGGAUCCGUUUUCGCCCACGCGUAAGAAGAGCGAUCCGGAUCCAUUUCAGGAGGGUGAUCUCUUUGCCAAACUGGAUGCCUUUGAGUUUGAGGCACCGCCGGCGAUACCAGCUCCCUCGAUACCGGAAUCCAAGGCGAACGUAUUCAAUGGACCACUCCAGGUGCAGUUGCCGCCAGAGAAGGAGCAGCAGCAUCAGCAUCAGCAUCCGCUCCAGCUCCAGCAGCCACCGAGUACGGUGAGGAACAGGCCCACAGCCUCGGUGUCUGCCCUUCAAAGCGGCGGCGGGAGCAGUGGUGGAGGAGCCCUGGAUGUGAUCUCCAGUAUUAGCAACAAGAAGAUGCCCCAUUUGUUUGGCCAAUCGAGAUCCUUUGGCAAAUCCGGCUCGGAUAUUGGUUCCAGUGUCAACAUGCGUCGUUUGCAGGAGAGCGAUUCCCUGAGUGAAACAGAGACGGCACCGGAGCCACCGCCACGUCCAGACUCCGCUCCAUACUCGGAACCACCGCCGCUGCCGCCAAAGAAGCAGUUCAGCGACCUUGUGAUCCGACCCACGCCCGCCAAUCCCGUGCCACCGCCCACUGCCGGGCGGUACGAGUACUUGAACAGCAGCGCCACAACGGGAAGAAGGACUCUCUCAUCGGCUGCAGAUGCUCCACCCAUUCCAUUGCCAUCGCGUCGCGUGGGUCGCUCCGAUGGCUGUUUCCCAGGUCCAGGAAGGCCACGAAAGCCGGGACACACUGAAGAUGAUUAUCUGGCGCCAUUGGGAGCUCCACCGCCAUUGCUGCCACCUCCAAGCCAAGGAUCCUCGGCCCGGGCAAGACCGCAAAGGCAGGCAUCGCUGGGAAGGCCACAGGAUAUAUACGAAAACAAGGCGGAAAUCCUGCAGGCGCAGCAGGCACAGCAGGCUCAGCAAGCUCAUGAGGGCAGCUCGACCACCCUGGCUCCGGACAUCACGUUGACGCAACUGCUCACUCUGGGCAUGGAUGAUCUGGCCAUUAAGCUAAAUGUUCCCGCCAGCAAGCUAAGCACCAUGACACUGGUGCAAUUAACAGCCUAUCUUUCCGAGUAUUUGUCCAGUGAAAAGAGCCAGGAGCGACGAUCCUCUCCAGCCAAUCCCACACCUGCUCCAGCACCUUCCAGCACCGCGGCCGUUUUCAAGGUGAACUUCGAUCAGCAGACCUCUUUUGUGGCCAAAUUCGAUGACACUUUCGGUGAGGAUGAGGUGGUGGGUGUUGGGUCUUUGGACUCCAACUUUGUGGCCAACUUUGCCAAUUUCAAUGAAGCUCCAGCCGCAGUGACCAUGCCAGGUGUAUCACCCGUGGCGGCAACAGUGCCCUCAGCGGAUCGGUAUGCCGUAUUCCGAGAGAUCAUUGACCAGGAGUUGCAACAGCAGCAGCAGGAAACGGAUCUCAUGGGUGAUCUUACGCCACCGCCCAUUGAUGAGACGCAAAUCAAGGACAGCCACGAAGGAGGAUUGGAGGUGAACAAUAUCGGAGCAGAGCUACCAAUCGAUGCUUUGGAUGUUACACCAGCUCCCAAGAUCGAUACCAAGAUCACCGAAGUGGUGGCCCAGGCCAAGGAUCGUUAUGCAGCCUUGCGCGACAUUAUCCUGGUAGAGAAUCUCUUCGACAAGCCAGCAGCUGCCAGUGUCCAGCCCCAGGAGAAGGAAAAGGAUCUGCUGCAGGACUUUCCCGAGUUUAGUGAUGAGUUCAAUGAGGAUCACGAUCUCCGCCAGAUCAUGGAUCAUCAGGAUGUGCAUCAAUCACAUCAUUCCCAGAGUCGACAUGGUCUCGUGGACAGUCGAGGCUUUCCAGCGGAGCCCUCUUCAUCCGCUCUAACCGUAGACGACGAUGACGAGGACGAAGAUGCCGAUGCGGGUGGUGAGAGCAGUUUGGAUAGCAACGAAAAGGAUGCGGAACCGGUCAGUGGACAAGAUCAGUACGAGAAGUUGUCCACUUCAACGCAGCAACUAGAUGCCGCUGCUCCCAAUGCGGAUGAUGUGUUGCAGCAGCCACAACAACAAUCUGUGCCUCCCAAGCAGGAUCAGAAAUUCCUAUCCGUGCUCACGGCUCCUGGAGGUGGUACCAAAGAUGACAUCGAAAUCGAUGAGCUUAUGCAUCGUGCCAUUUCCAAUCUAUCCCUUGAUUCCCGGGAUCGCAUUUCACCCGCCACAUCCUCGGCGGCCCCGUCGCGAGGAGCUCCUAGCCUGCACACACCCUCGCAGUUCAAUGAUGUCAGCACCUCACCCAUUCCCCUGCAGAAGCCACCCACAGUGAUGGGGAUUCCAUCGCCAGUGCCCUCCCAGCUGUCAGCAGUUUCCCAGCUCAUUGAUACCGCUACCAAACAAAUGAUGGGAGAGAGGGAUAAGGAAGCCUCCCGGGAGAAGCAAUCAUGGGCCACCUUUGAUUCACCCAAGGCCAGGGGUAAGGCCAGGCUAACACUACCGCCGCCACCUCCGCCUGCCUCCAAUACAUCACAACCGGACACUGUGGAGUCACCUUGCAGCUCGGAUCCCCGGGAUGAUGGUUGGUCCAAGCAGCAGCGCCGCUGGGCCAAAAAGGAACGCCAGCAGACAUCCUCAUCUUCCAGGGAUUUAAGUCCCUGGGAUGAUGAGACGCCAGAGUAUCUAAAGCGACGUCAGAUGGCCGCCGCCCAAAUGUCACAUCCGCAUCAGCAGUCGCAGCAGCAGAUGCCACCGGAUAGACAUGGUUACUAUAUGCGACAUGCCAGGCGGAUGAACUCCUGCGAUGAGGAUUAUAACUACGAUGCAGAGUUCAUGGCACGCCGGGAUCAGCAGCAGCAACAACAGCAGCGGAAAUUCAAGCAUGGUCUAUCCCGCAGCAGGGAUAACUUUGAAUUGGAUUCACCCAGCUGGUACCAUCAUCCGGCCCAUCACACCUGGUCACCGCAGGAGAUUGAACAGACGCGUGCCCGUUCCUUUGAGCGUGCUGCCUACGAAAGAUCUAGCUAUGGACCACCACCGCCAAUCUACGACAAACGUGGUCAGGUUAGGAGCAAAUAUCGUGGUGACCACAGGGACAGAGAUCGGGAGAGGGAUCGUGAGCGUGAAUAUCGGGAUUAUGCUCGUCCCAGCUACGAUUUCGACUAUGAAAAUGUGUACGAAGAUCGGGGCGGACGUUCUCCAAUGGCCUACAAACCCGGCAGAGGCGGUGUGGAUUACCUGUACGAUCGAGAACGUGAUCGGGAUCGAGAUCGUGAACGCAAGUCCUUUGAUCGGGAAAGUCUCGAAUCGUAUGAGAGUGCCACCCGGAGACGUCGAAGUUUUGGCAGUGGCAACGAUGUCUACGGGAGCCUGGACAGUCGUGAUGAUUAUCGUGGUGAAAGGGAAAGGGAUCGAGAGCGAGAUCGUGAGCAGAUGAAGACUCGGUCGCUGCGAAAACCCACAACCACAUCCGGCAAACUAAGAAUUAGUGGUGACAUCGACUACGAACAGGAUUCGGAGCAGGAUUUCCAACAGCGAACAGCUGUGGGUCGGAGUAGCCUGCAGCGACCUAGCGAUGGGGUCCUGCCCUCCAGUGCCACCGUAGGCGGUCCACAAAGGCUACGCAAGAGCAGUGGCUCUAGUCCUUGGGAUGGCGAAGAACCCUCUUUGCCUGGCCAGAAAUCAUGGAAGCGACCAGCUAGCGCUGCUGAAACAGAGCGACGUCUGGCCGAGAGUCGUCGGGCGGCAGCCUUGGGACAAACUCCCUCGGAUGGCGAGAAAGAACGAAGAUUCCGCAAAAAGACCCGUGCUCGCAGUGCCAAAGAUCUAGCCACAGUGGGCGUGACCAGCGUUGGUGCUGCUCCACUUCCCUCCCGAUCUGGCUAUGGCCGUAGUGGCCUUAGAGAUAACUAUGACUACAUAUGUCCAGGACAGCGCAACGAGGUGGAUGACGACGAUGAUGAUGACGAGGACUAUGUGGAUGAUGAGCCGCCAACGGAUGAGGAUAAGUUCGAGCGUUUGAAUCGACGGCGGCAUGAGAUGCAUCAGCGAAUGUUGGAGUCCGAACGACGGCAGCUGGAGCGCCAUCAGCCUCCAUCGCUGGCCAAAUUGCCUGGACAGAAUCGUAACCGUGGCGGAGGUGGCGGUGUCGUGGUCAACAGUGACUACGGUUUUGUGGACAGCUAUGAACAGACACCCACACCGACACCGCGUUCGAAUGCCAGUAGCACAGGACCCGGCGGAGGUGGCGGUGGCCUAAUGAUGAGCGGCGGCGAAUCCUCCGCGGGAGUCACUAGCUCCAAGUUCAACUUUGAUGACGGUUUCGAGUCGGACUUUAAUCAAAGUUCACCGCCACCGGCACCCGCUGGCACCGCCUCCAGUUGCAAUUCCACGCCAGCCGGCCCGGUGUCUGGAGGUGGGAAUAACAAUGGUGGAUCCAAGAGCCUCUUCCGCUUCUCCAAUGAUUUCUCGGAUCGUGAGAAACGUGAACAAUUUGAGGCGGAAACGCCGCCAACCUCGACGCCGCCAAUUACGCAGAAACUGCGAUUCGAUGACAAUGUCAAGGUCUCUCAGUUUGAUGAUGCCGCCUUUGAGGAUGACUUUGCCAAGGCAUCCUUUGAUUUCGAAAAGGAGCAGGCAACGGGAGCAGGAGCAGGAGCUGCAGGCGGAGGAUCUGGUGGUGCCAUGACCCGGAAACAGAAUAUGCGAACAAGCAAAUUACAGCAGCGACAAGAGUUAAUUAAGAAAUCCGAAUCGGUGAAUAUAUUUGCCAAGAAGCAAGAGGAUCCCUUCGAGGACGAUGAGUUCUUUAAGUCACCGGAUCACGAGGAGCCGAUAAAGGAGCAGGAUCAGGAUGGCGGUGAAGCGGGCAAGUUCCAGUGGAACGAGGACGCCAACUUUGCCAAGUUCGAUGAAAACAUGUGAUUUGACCAACUCUUUGCCCAGGCAUCGAGCAGUAGUCAACGAUGUCCGCAGGAGCAGGAGCCAUCGAUGGACCACAACUAUGCGGAGAUUGAUGUGAUCAACGACUCGGAUUUCACCUAUCUGACCAACCUCAACCAUUAUUACCAACAGCAGCGGCUGCAAAGCCUCCGACAGAGCUUAAAUCGCAACCACAUCUACUGCAAUCUUCCUGUUCAACAGCAGGAGGAGAAGGAAAGGGAGCAACCUCCUCCACAGACCAGAUCCACCUCCACAUCCACAAGUCCUUGGCAUGAGCCCAAGUCCAAGUCAAAGCUGCUGGUGCUAAAGAAGCCAAAGAAGUGGAAACUCAAGCGGACUUUGGAUGACUUUGUCAAGUGUCUGAUUAUAGCCUCCUCAUCGGCGGAGCAUGUGUACGAUUACGAUGUGCUGUGGUAG